CUGGGACACAAGUGGCUUGCCCGGGGAGAAGAAAGCUUAUAGGGGUCGCUUUCCUUUUUUUCUUACAAAAAGAUGGGGUGACUGAACACUCCCUGGCGCCGGGGCAGGGGGCUGCUCCUCCUGUCCCCGCUUCUGCGGCGGUAGUUACCGCAGGUGCGGUGUGGCCACUGUCCCCGCGUCCUCCUGCGCGCUGCGGCAGCGGGGGCUCCCCCCCGGGACGUGUGCGCUCGGGGUCGGCGCGCGUCUUCCGGGUGCGGCCCGACCCGCUAGUCCCUCUGCAGCCGGCCUGGCUCGGGGACGUGCGGGGCGGCUGAUCGAGCCCCUCUCCUUCUCGCGCUGCGGGCAGGGAGACACGCAGGACCCGCUCUUGGUUAUUUUUAGUCGGUGGCUGACACCCCACCGGGUGCGGGGCGGGGCGGCCGGGGAAGGUGGGGGCGAGAGGGAGCUCCCCGCGCCUCCGCGCUCGCUCCCGCCGGGCACUCACUGGCGGCGUCCUGCAGCCGCGAGCGCGGCUCUCCGCGGGGACCUGCGCCGGGCGGGGGAGGGGCGGGCCGGGGAGAGAGCGGCGGGAGGGAAGGGGCGGGGAGCGCGCUCCUGCGGCGGCGGCAGCGGCGGCGCGGUCGUCCUCAUCCUGGCCGCUCAGCUCGAGUGCACGCCGGGCUUCGCAAAUGGCUUGUCCCGCUCUCGGUCUGGAAGCUCUGCAGCCGCUGCAGCCCGAGCCACCCCCCGAGCCAGCCUUCUCCGAGGCGCAGAAGUGGAUCGAGCAAGUAACAGGCAGAAGUUUUGGUGAUAAAGAUUUUCGGACAGGAUUAGAAAAUGGAAUCCUUCUAUGCGAGUUGCUGAAUGCUAUAAAGCCAGGACUUGUUAAAAAGAUCAAUAGAUUGCCUACCCCCAUUGCGGGAUUGGGAAAAUAUCCAGAAAUGGAAUUACUGGGUCAUAUGGACAAUAUCAUCUUAUUUUUGAGAGGUUGUAAAGAGCUUGGCCUUAAGGAAUCUCAACUCUUUGACCCUAGUGACCUACAGGAUACAUCCAACAGAGUAACAGUCAAGAACCUUGAUUAUAGUAGGAAGCUGAAAAAUGUAUUAGUUACCAUUUACUGGCUGGGAAAAGCAGCUAAUAGCUGUGCAUCCUACAGCGGUACAACACUGAACCUGAAGGAAUUCGAAGGCUUGCUGGCCCAGAUGAGAAAGGAGACUGAUGACAUUGAGAGUCCUAAACGUAGCAUCCGAGACAGUGGCUACAUCGACUGCUGGGAUUCGGAGCGCAGCGAUUCCCUGUCUCCCCCUCGACACGGCAGAGAUGAUUCUUUCGACAGCCUGGAUUCCUUUGGCUCCCGUUCCCGGCAGACACCUUCGCCAGAUGUAGUCCUCAGGGGAAGCAGCGAUGGGAGAGGAAGUGACUCUGAGUCUGACUUGCCACAUCGGAAGCUGCCGGAUGUGAAGAAGGAUGACAUGUCGGCAAGGCGGACUUCCCACGGCGAGCCGAAAUCAGCAGUGCCUUUUAACCAGUACCUCCCGAACAAAAGUAAUCAGACCGCCUAUGUCCCGGCUCCUCUGAGAAAGAAGAAAGCAGAGCGAGAGGAAUAUCGGAAGAGCUGGAGUACAGCCACCACCCCCUUGGGCGGGGAGAGGCCCUUCAGCUAUCCUGAGACAAUAGAGGAAGAGGGAAGUGAAGCGGGGUCUCUUUGUGAAGAGGACCCAGUCAGCAGCAUGGAUCCUGGUGAGACGUCUUCUGAAUGUGGGUUAGAAUUACCCACGCACUGUGGUAAGGAGCAGCCUCCCCCAGAGGGAGCUGCAGUGGCACCAGCUCCCAAGUCUGAAGAGAAAGCUGCUGUUGAAAUCCAAAAGCGCAGAAGGCUAGAGCAAGCUGGAAUCAAGGUCAUGCCAGCAGCACAGCGCUUUGCCAGUCAAAAGCAAGUAAGUGAUGAGAAAGAAGCUGUUCGUGAUAUUAUCCUCCGCAAAGAAAACCCUUUCCUGACCCACCAUCAUGGCAAAGAUUCCGGGUCAGAAGAUGAAGUUGCAUGUCGACUGCCUGAUCUUGAGAAAGAUGAUUUCGCUGCAAGGAGAGCAAGGAUGAACCAGGCCAGGCCAGCAGUGCCACUGAAUCAAAUCCUCUAUGGGCCCUUCCGAAGAAAAGCAGUAGAGGAACCAGAUAGUAGCAAACAGCUCUCAAAGGGAAUCUCGGAAAAGAAAACUCUAGAACAUGAAAGAAGGCAGGGCCAAACAGAAGAGGUGAAGCCAAUGGUGACCUGUGUUAUGCGGGCUCGGGAGAGUGAAGCUGCAGAAGAGGGACUCAGAAAGGUGCCGGAUCUGUACAAGGAUGACCUGGCGCAGCGGAGGAUUCAGGGCAGCCUUGCCUCUCACUGCAAGGCUCCAAGCUUUGUCAGGGUCUCCAAAAUAACAGAAGCCGACUUGGAGACGUGGGAGAGACUGAAAGUAUCAGGAAAGACAAGGGAUGAAGAUGUUGAGCACAUCUGCUCCCCUGAUUCUUCCCCAGAAAUUAGAGCAGAAACUGCCAUCCGUGAUGACUUUGCCGGUCGCAAAGCGAGGGCUUAUAAGAAAGCUUCCAGCCUCAAGCAAAAAUUUGUGCACUUUGGCCCAGUGACAGAGAUAGAUCAGCAGACAUGGCAGCACCUCUGCAUUGGCAAGGCUGAGCCCAGGAAGGAUGUAGAAAGAGUCAUCAGUCAUGGCAGCAAAGCUCAGACUUACUCUGUGUCCCCUGCCUCAGCGGCCACAUCCAGCUUGGAGGAAGACCGAAUGCUUAAUCCACAAAAUGACUGCAGAAUAGUGAAUUCUGGCAUAGAUGACUAUUGCAAAAAGGGCUUGCGGCUGGCUCCUGUGCUGGAGUCCCAGGAGGAACGUGUCUGCAGCUCAGGUGCGUCCCCAAGGAGGGCAGAGGAAGUUACAUGCAAACAGCUGCCACAGGGUGGCAAGGAAGAGAAAGGAGUUGCUAAAAGAGAUUCUGAAACAUCGCCAGAAACUGAAAGAUCUGAGGAGACCAGCCAGCCAGUGACUAAAUGUUGCACUACUUCCCAUCCUCUGGCCUCUGAAUCGGAGACUUUGGGGACAGAAGAGAGCUCGGAGAAGAGGACAGCUCCUGCCUGGACUGGCAGUGGACUGAAAGGCCAAAGGAAGUUGUAUCAUUCACAAAGAGAUGACAUGAUGGUCAGGAGAACUGGAAUGUUUCUUAGACACACUGGAUCCAACCCAAACCAGUUCCUCCCAGUUCCAUUUGCAAAGCAACAGGAUGUGGAGGAAGCUGCCAAGGGUCCACCAAUGAAAAAUAAGAGAUACGGUCCGAGAACUCCUGUGUCUGAUGACGCAGAGAGCACGAGCAUGUUUGACAUGCGGUGUGAGGAGGAGGCCGCGGUGCAGCCGCACAGCAGGGCCCGCCAGGAGCAGCUCCAGCUGAUAAAUAACCAGCUGCGGGAAGAGGACGACAAAUGGCAAGAUGACCUGGCUCGUUGGAAGAGCCGGAGAAGAAGUGCUUCUCAGGACUUAAUCAAGAAAGAGGAAGAAAGGAAAAAAAUGGAGAAGUUACUGUCUGGAGAGGAUGGGGCAAGUGAACGAAGGAAAAGCAUCAAAACCUACAGAGAAAUUGUUCAGGAAAAAGAGCGGAGAGAGAGGGAGCUGCAUGAGGCGUAUCAGAGUGCACGGUCCCAGGAGGAGGCGGAGGGCAUCCUUCAACAGUACAUCGAGAGGUUCACCAUCAGUGAGGCUGUUCUUGAGCGCUUGGAGAUGCCAAAAAUUCUGGAAAGAAGCCAUUCUACAGAGCCAAACUUAUCCCCCUUUCCGAAUGACCCUAACCCUAUGAAAUAUCUCCGGCAACAGUCGCUGCCUCUGCCCAAGUUCACUGCCACUGUGGAAACCACCGUCGCUCGGACCAGCGCUCUGGACACCAGCUUGUCAGCCAGCAGUGGGUCUCCAAGCAAAACUGUCACUCCAAGAGCUGUGCCUGUGGUGACACCCAAGCCUUACUUCCAGCCCAGAAACUCUCAAGAGGUUCUGAAGACCUUUAAGGUAGAUGGGAAAGUCAGCAUGAAUGGAGAAACAGUUCAUGAUGAUGAGGAAAAGGACAGAAAGUGUCCCACAGUGGUCCUAGCCCCCGCAUUAACCAAAUCCCAGAUGUUUGAAGAUGUGGCUGGAGUACACAGGGCCCCCGUGGAACUGAAACAAGACAACAGUGGCAUUGAGAUCAACAUAAAGAAGCCACAUUCUGUCCCCUCAGAGCCAACAGCAACCACUGAGGGAACUGAACCAAACAGACAAGAAGAUGAGAAUGACGGUGAAAAGCCAGAAGAAGAGAAUACAGGACUUGCCUCAUCAGAGCCACAGCAUUUUACGACGACUGUGACUCGAUCCAGCCCAACUGUGGCCUUUGUGGAGUUUUCCUCCGGCUCCCAGCUAGAGAAUGAUGUGCCAGAAGAAAAAGGCCAGAAGAAACUGGAAAAUGAAAUGAGUGGAAAGGUGGAGUUGGUGCUGUCCCAAAAGGUGGUAAAGCCAAAAUCUCCAGAACCAGAAGCAACCCUGACAUAUCCAUUUCUGGACAAAAUGCCUGAAACCAACCCAUUACAUUUGCCAAAUCUCAAUUCUCAAGAGUCACCUGGCUCUGCCAGCGUUCCGCUGAGAGUUCAGAACUCUUGGCGACGUUCCCAGUUUUUCUCCCAGUCAGUGGUUUCUCCAAGCAGUGAGAAGUCACCUGUCACUACACCUCAGUUUAAAUUCUGGGCAUGGGACCCGGAAGAGGAGCGCAGGCGACAGGAAAAAUGGCAACAGGAGCAGGAACGUUUGCUCCAGGAGCGAUACCAGAAGGAGCAGGACAAGCUGAAAGAAGAGUGGGAAAAGGCCCAAAAGGAGGUGGAAGAGGAAGAACGCAGAUACUACGAGGAGGAGCGCAAAAUAAUUGAAGACACUGUGGUUCCAUUUACUAUUUCUUCAAGUUCUGCAGACCAGCUGUCUACAUCCUCCUCUGUGACUGAAGGCAGUGGGACAGUGAAUAAGAUGGACCUGGAAAACUGUCAAGAGGAAGAGCAAGAGACAAGACAGAAGAAACCAUUCCAGGGGGACAACAAUGACUUAUUAUUAAAGACUAGGGAAAGUGAGCCCCUGGAGGAAAAGGGCAGCCUAACUCAAGGGGCCUUGGCUCAUUCUAAGAACCCCCUAUCGAAAGGAAUCCAUCAGGACUGUCAGCUGGAUGCAGAAGCUGGGGCCCCACACUGUGGGAUGAACCCACAGCUAGCGCAGGAUCCACCCCGGUAUCAGCUGAUAUCAAACCCACCAAUGCACAUUUUAGAAGAUGUGAAGCCAAAAACCCUCUUGUUGGAUAAAAGCAUUAACCAUCAGAUUGAGUCUCCGAGUGAAAGGCGGAAGAAAAGUCCUCGAGAGAACUUCCAGGCUGGGCGCUUGUCCCCCUGUUGUCCUACCCCUCCUGGCCAGUCACCAAACAGGUCUAUUAGUGGGAAGAAGCUCUGCUCUUCCUGUGGGAUUCCUUUGGGUAAAGGAGCUGCAAUGAUCAUCGAGACCCUCAAUCUCUAUUUUCACAUCCAGUGCUUUAGGUGUGGAAUUUGUAAAGGACAGCUUGGAGAUGCAGUAAGUGGAACGGAUGUUAGGAUUCGGAAUGGUCUUCUAAACUGUAAUGACUGCUACAUGCGAUCUAGAAGUGCUGGCCAACCCACGACAUUGUGACAUGGUUUUCAAGCUUCCAGAUUCCUCAUCAUCUCUUUAUUGAGGGUGUCUUCAGGCAAUCGUUUAACAAAAUCCCAAGUUCGGGGGCUUCUCAGCAUUCAUCUAAUUUCUGAAAGGCUGUUCUAAAAGAUGGUAUCUGGUUUUUGUAGCACGGUGUUUGUGUUUUUCUUGGUUUGUUUUUUUGUUUUGCAUUUGCACAGUAUACACAAAAGAAUAUUGAACUCUAAUGAUCCCGAAUAUUUCUAAAAAGGUCUUAGCAUGGUUAAACAGGCUCACUGUUUAAAAUGUGUUAUUCUUUUCCUUGGGAAUUAAUGAGAUAAAUGACACAAUAAACCUGUUUUGUUUUAGUAUUUCUAGGAAUUAAACAUUUAUGUUUACAGAAUUGAGCUGCAGAAAGUGCAAGACAUGCCAAUUUAAGACACGUGGUCUUCUAAGACAGGAACAUACAGUUAAUGCAUUUCAGAAACUAGAAAUCACAUCAAAUAGCUCCAAGCUAUAACUUGUUUUUAACGCAAAAACGCUAGUCUGAUAAUAUACUGUAAUCCUGAAACAUUUGUAUUGCUUACAUUUUGAGGUAGAAGUUAUACCAAUAAAUUAUUGCACCGUUAGUAUUAGAUUUUGUGUAUUUUGGACAUUAUGUCAUGAAUAUAGGCUGGUUCAUCAAAGAGAACCCUGCAAUGUAAGCUAGACUUACACUCUGGGACAUUGCCCAAGGGUAGGAAGAAGCCAGAGGGAAGUUUUUCAGUCAUCAUUUCCAGAGUUAUUACCAAAAUCUGAGGAAGUUAAUCUUCAAAAGAGUGGUGGCUCAAUGCUAGCCAUGCCAGCUGCAGUUCUUGCUUCUCCUCAGCCCUAGAUUCAGUGAGAGUCAGUAUGAGGCGUAUGGUAACCCAUUGAGAUCGGUCCAUCGUGAGGCAUGACCACUGCUCACCCUGGCCUGCAAGUUCUCUUGGAGGGCCCGAAGCACAGGUGUUUACAGAAAACCAUUAAAUCCAUCCUAAUAAAACCCCAGGGACAUAUGAUGUGAUAAGCCACUGGUGUGUGAUCAGCGAGGAUCCACAGCUCACACUGCGCCCUGCCCACCCUAGUAGGUAUCUGCUCUCCUUUAUUCUCCUACAUCACCAACAUUUUGCCAUCAAGAAUUCUGGAACUUGCUCAAGGAGAAGUUUAGAGAGGAAUUCUUGUGGAGAGCUGGUUUGGUUUUGGCCCUGAGGGAUGAGUUUCAGCUGGCCAGAAAGGACUCAAGUUACUAAGAAGCAUCACAUUCUACAUCUCCAGGCUGUUUUCUUUAAGACUGGGGAAAGGGAAACUAUUUAUUCUGCCUUAAAAUAAUGGCAAAUAACUGAAGAUGACAUUUUGUGAAUGUAGACUAUGGAUGUACUCCUAAUAGGUUAAUGUAGUCAUAAAAGGAGAUCAAGUAGAUGUUUUCCUGUUAUGUAAGCAAUAAUUUUUUUUCUGUGUCUUAUUGAGUAUGGCUAGCAAUUAUUUAUUUACAUGCUAGACAGUUCUCUGCAUGCGGGUUCUGUGUAAGUGCAGAAAUUUCCUCAGCCACUGGAGGUAUUUUGACCAUUUUGUCAUUUGGAUGAGCUGUUGUUAGAUUGAAAUCUACAUAUCAUUUCAUUAAAAAUUGUGCCUUAGAAAAUGCGAAGCUGUUGCACAUAGUCAGUGAUGAAUUAUGGAUUCAGUACAUCGAGGAGAGGUGAAGUCACUUCCAUGUUCCCGAGACUUCUCAUGGAGGUGUUUGCUGUUUUACAGAAAAAAAAAUUUAAAAGAAGAAUAACUAGAAAAAAUUAAAAAGUUUUGAAAAUGUACAGAUUAAGCCCAAUAUUUUGAUUAACCCCUGCAUGUUUUAUUAAAUAUUUUGAUAAUGUGGAUGUUUACACUUUGCAUGAUAUUAACAGAGUACCACAAAUAAUGCACAAAACCUGUACAAUAUCAUCAUUCAUAACCAACUUUUAUAGAAUACUUUUUACAUGUGGAACUCCAUCCGUUAUGUAAGGAUUAUAUGAAUAUUGCACAUUCUCUUCUGGUUUCACAAACCCAUUUAUACAUAUUUCUUAGUGAGACUCAUUGUACAUGUAUUGAAGCCUGAAUCGAGUCAAGAAAAAUAAAGCCCCAUUCUCCAGCUGCGAAAUGAGCUUUCCCAUAAUGAACAAUAGUCACCAGCACAGAAUAAUCUCCAACAUUUUCUAAAUUCUAAUUGCCAACUGUUUCUAUUUAUAUUUGAUUUAUAUUUCAUUUGGAGUCUGUUACAUGGCAGCUCAGGCAGACUAGAUCUUGUUUUUCCCAAGGCAGCAUAAUGAGUAUGAUCUACUUCUUUUCAAAUAAUCUUUGAGAACCCAGGGGGGAAAAAUGCUCUGCUCUGUUGAGCUACAAUGUAAAUGUGUUUGUUUAAAAAAGAGAUGAGGCAAGUGAGUGAUUUAUUGUUCCUGAGGAAGUAUAUCUGAUUUUUUCCCCUCAAUACUCCAAAAGCUAUUCCCCUCUCUUUCUUACAAAAAAUAAAAGAAAAUGGGUAACUUUGUUUUUCACUAGCAAACCUUCACGACAUUUCCUCAUUCUUCCCAUGUACUAUUAAUGCAAAGCGUGUGAUAGUUAUCUAUACACAGUGUAAGACCUAACGAACUGAAAUGGCCCACCUCCUAUGUGAGUCUGUCCAAAAGAUGUUACUGUUCUGGGUGGGCCAAUGUUCUCUGUCGGUUACACUAACCUUCAUUUAAAAUAUUUAUUCUAAAAUGCCUCUGAAAAAUCAUUUAAAAAAUUAAAAUUGUCUAAAAUGCAACAGCUUUUAUAGUAAAUGUACAUUUAUAAAUAAAAUACUCAAAUCAA